CUUAAUCUUAGAUUUUGUUAUUAUGACAGCUUACCAAUCACACUUGCUUGUUUGAAAGAGCAGAGAAGCUUCGGAACCAAUACAUGUUCCGAUCCGAUCCGUCAACGAUAACUAACUCCUUCCGCGUACACAACCGCUACUCACUCUCGAUCUCCCCCUUCCCAACGCAAAACCCGCAUAGACAGCAAUAUUGGAAAAGCAACGCAGUAGCAAAGGAAAAAUAAAAAUGGAAUUACCGAUCAAAAACCUGUCUGCUUUCAAUUUGUCGUCGAAUUCAUUUUCAAACUAAUCCUGAUAUGCAUUUCACGGUCCCUGUUUCUAGCACAACUACUUGACUCUCUCGCAGAAUUUCGUUUGCCAUUAUUUAUGCGUAUUCCCAUGGUUGGAGAUGGCCAAGUUUCCGUUUUCUCAUCCGAGCAAAGGUAUUAUUAGCAUAUGGAUGAUCACAACAAAGAUUCGACCUUCAACAGGCCGACCCAACACAUUGAAAUGGGAUCAUUAGAUGGAAGAGCGGUACUUGAGCUACAGGAUGAGAGCCUUGCCAGCCCAGGGCAUGUUAACAUGAAGCCAGCAUGUCUGGAUGCUUCUCCUCGCAGAUUCUACUUUAAAACCAACUCUGAUGAUCUCAGUUGUAAAUGUAUAUUGAAUAUGGUGUUCACCAGCAUUAAACUCGUACUGUUAUCCAAAAAAUUGAAUAUUCUGAUACCUUGUGGCCCAUUGGCAGUUCUUGUUGAUAAGUUUUCUAAUCACCAUGGGUGGAUCUUCUUUUUAAGCUUGUUAGGCAUCAUACCACUCGCGGAGCGUUUAGGUUGGGCGACAGAGCAGAUGGCUUUUUAUACUGGUCCUACAGUUGGAGGUCUUCUAAAUGCCACCUUUGGUAAUGCAACAGAGUUGAUAAUAUCAAUGUAUGCACUUAAUAGUGGGAUGAUGCGAGUUGUUCAGCAGUCACUUUUGGGCUCAAUUCUGUCGAACAUGUUACUGGUUCUUGGAUGUGCAUUUUUUGCCGGAGGAAUUGUUCAUCCUAACAAAGAGCAGGUUUUCAACAAGGGAACUGCAGUUAUGAAUUCUGGGUUGCUUUUGAUGGCUGUAAUGGGGCUGGUGUUACCUGCUGUCCUCCAUUUUACACACACUGAGUUACACUUUGGAAAAUCAGAGCUGGCACUCUCAAGGUUUAGUAGCUGUGUGAUGCUUGUUGCAUAUGUCGCCUAUCUUUUCUUCCAGCUCACUAGCGAAAAGAGUCUUUAUGUGCCCAUUGCAGAGGAAGUGAGUCAAAGUGAUGGUGACCUAGAUGAUGAUGAUGAAGCUCCUGAGAUAUCAAUGUGGUCAUCAAUCAUAUGGCUUUCUAUCUUGACAGCAUGGAUAGCUCUUCUAUCUGAGUACCUUGUUAAUGCUAUAGAGGGAGCAUCUGCUGCAAUGAACAUCCCAGUUUCAUUUAUAAGUGUGAUCCUGCUCCCUAUUGUUGGCAAUGCGGCAGAACAUGCUGGUGCUGUCAUGUUUGCUGUGAAAGACAAGCUUGACAUCUCUUUGGGAGUAGCCAUUGGAUCUUCUACGCAGAUAGCCAUGUUUGGCAUCCCUUUCUGCGUGGUUGUUGGGUGGAUAAUGGGGCGUCCAAUGAACUUGGACUUCCAACUUUUUGAAACUGCCACCCUGUUCAUGAGUGUCAUUGUAGUUGCCUUCAUGCUGCAGGAAGGAACUUCGAAUUACUUUAAAGGACUGAUGCUCCUCUUAUGUUAUCUGAUAGUAGCCGCAAGUUUCUAUGUACAUAUGGAUCCCAAGUCUAUACAGGAUAAGCCAAUCGGGACAUAGCCAGCCGAUCUGCAGAAGAAACUGUAGCCAUGAGCAUACCACACCUACUAAUUUUGAAGAGUUAUUGGUGCUGCCCAGUUUGACUGCUAGCUGUGAAUUCCACCAAGUUCUUUGUUAUAUAUCAUCUACAAAAGGUAGCUGGUGGAUGUAUAGUUUUAUUAUUCCUUUUCUGGAAAUUUUGUUCAACACUAGUUUUUUUAGUUAUAAACAAGCUGUUUUGCUCCGCCAUUUUUUGGAUGGGGAUGUAUUUCAAAAGUCCAGAAAUAGCUAUCAAUAUUGUUGUACUUAGAGUUGUGCAGUAAUUAAUCCUCUGCACAAUUAUAGCUCUCAUUGUUGUACAUGCUGUUACCAAGUUUCUCAAAACGGUCUCUGUUAUUGAUCAUCCCAGAAAAAAUGCAAUCUUUGUACAUUACCUUCUUUAUUUGGACCCAAACCUGAUGUACACUUAUUGUAUUAUUGUGUCAAGUUACUAACCAGUUUAGCUUUUUUUUAAAAACUAAAAUAAUG